AACCCCAAUCUUUGGAAUUCCUUCUCCGAUCCAGCAAUGGCUCCGGCGGCUGAGGAGUGGUUCAUCCUGUACGGCGUCCCGAAGGUUGUGGCGAUGGAGGAAACAAUCUUCCAGGAAUCCACCAACGUGUCCUUCACCUUCAACAAAGCCCCGCUCCCCUCCCACGUAACCGUCGCGGACGACGCCCUCAUCCGCACCGGCUUCUUCAACUACCCCUACAUCGCGGCCGCCGCCCGCUGCGGCAUCCUUCUCCUGUGCGGCCACUCCAAGAUCGGCUUCACCUACUACCUCUGCGACCCGCUGAUCCGCAGGACGCUGGGCAUCGUCCCUCCCGGCGGUGAUGACGACGUGAGCUGCCGCUACUGCGUCGGCCUCAUCAGCGACCGGAGCGACACGCACCUCAUGGUCGCGGAGCUCAACCCGUCGUCCCUCGCGGAGCAUGGCCGCGUCACGUUGCGCUGCACGGUGGACAUGUGCUCCUGGGUCGACAAGGAGUCCGCCGAGUGCUCCAACAUCGUGGAGAGGAGAGAGUGGCGCGGCGACGGCGUACUCACCCACAAAUUCUUCCUAUGGUGGUUCGACCUCUCCUACUGCAUCCUCGCCUGCGACCCCUUCGCCGACAAGCCGCGGUUCCACCAGAUCAUGUUCCCGUCCGUUCCCGACGCUGCGCCGUUCUACCCGAACCCCAUCUACGGCGACGUGUACCGCUGCUUGAAGGUCAGCAAUGGCAGGCUGCGUUACGUCCAGAUCCACGGUACCUCCCCUGAAAAGAUGGAGGUGAGCAUGUGGACGCUGUCCUCCAAUGAUCCGGCGGAUGCCAAAUGGACGAACCGGGUGGAUGUGCCGUUUGAGAGGAUCUGGGACGACCCGAGCUACAGGUCGAAAGGGCUGCCUCCGCAGGUCGUCCCUGCUGUGGUGCUCGUCCACCCCAUGCGCGCCAGCGAGGUCUACUUCUGCCUUCCCACGCACAUCUUCUCCGUCAACCUCAACGAGAAGAAGACGGUGGACUGCGAGGAGUUCAGCGUUCAGGUGCCGCCGCACAAAAUCUGCUCAUCCCGCCUGGUCCAUGCUUGGCGGUUGCCGGUGGGGUAUACGAAACAGUCUGGGCCUGGGCUGUCACGUGUCAUGGAAUGUCAGUUCGUGAAUCGAUGGAGCUCUGUGGAGGAUUUCCAUACCAAAGCUGAAAUGAUCAUCAGGUCGCGUCCUAAACCACAUGAUGACUGGGGUCUUGAGGAUAUUGAUGAGGAUAGAUAUGACUCAGACACCAGCAUGACGGAGGAGAUUUAGGUCUGUUUUGCCAAUCAGCCAGCCAGCCACCCACUUACCCCGUGUCGGCUUCUUCACUUUCACUUGUGUUGCUUUUACCAUGCUGGCAGUUUAGGUUGUUGUGUGGCCUUCUAGCAGCAUCAACUCAUUUGGAGUUGUCAGAACAUAACUUGGAAAGUAUGCGUGGUGGCCGUGCCCUUGGUUAUUAGAUUGUUGGAUAAAUUAUUGUAGAAGUACCACAAUAUUUUGGGUACAAGUACUCUAGAAAUGCUCUUGUGAAAACAUUGUUGAAAUAAUAUAGACGUGCUAUUAUAGCUAA